AUGACCUUCUUACCCCUCAAGUUGGCCAUCAUAUUACUCUUACACAUCCCGUUUGUUUUCUCCUCACUCCCGAGCCCCAAUGGCACCAAUGUCACUACACUCGACGUCAGUGACUGUCCAUCCAGCAACAGCAUCAGAACUUCAUGGGAUAUCAUCUGGAGUUGCGCUGCGACUCUAUUUGCAUGCACAUGGACCGCAAUCCACCCAAAUAUCCCAGGUAUGCGCGAGGGGAAAUUCACUGUUUUAUCUCGUCACCUAGGCAUCAUGCUGGUGGCGCUAAUUGCCCCAGAACUCAUGAUCACCUGGGCCACACUACAGUUUCUAAGUGCUCGUGACGCUGCAAAGGCCUUCAAUGAUGCCUUUGGUACGCAGCUUCACCAAGCCCGCAGUGACCACCCAGAUAUAGGAGAGAGCGCAGCUACAUUGCUUAAUGAAUUUCCAACCUCAGAUGGAAGCAACACUCAAAUUCCGAGCGCUCCGCAUAUUUCAAGCCGUAAAUUUAGAGAAUGGACUGUAACACAUGGUUUUUUCGCGUGGAUGGGUGGAUUCAUGCUCUACGUCAAUGACAAGCCGCGAGCCACUCUUACACCCGACGAACUUUUAGGCUUUGUUCGUGAGGGCUCUGUGGAAAUGCCUGACAUCGUGGAGGCAGACCUAGAAGAUCGAAGUAAGGGUGAUGCAUUAUCCAAAGGCAUCGCCAUUAUUCAGCUUGGAUGGUUCAUCCUCCAGCUUGUCACCCGUUACGUUCAGAAUCUUCCCAUGACACUGCUUGAAAUCGACACCCUGGCUGUAGCUGGCCUGACCUGCAUUGCCUAUGGCUUUUGGUGGAAGAAGCCUAAGGAUGUAGGACGUCCUCAUGCUGUUCAUUGGAAAGCAACUGCCUCUCGGCCAACCAAAUUAGCCUACAACAUUAUAGGUAAGAUAUACCCCGGUGGUUGGGGUGACGUUGUAAUUUCUAGUGCUAUUAUGCCUUUGAAUCUUAUGGGCAUUUGGCUUUCAAAUUCCUCCCUGGCUGUCCGUUCACGUCGGGUUCCAUCUGUAGGUGGUUAUGACGAGGCCAGUUGGGACAGUGUUUGGAGCGAUGCAUUGUCUGGGCUGGAAUAUUAUCUUUCAGCGGCAAGCGAUGUUCCGUGGGGCUUGCCUUGCGAUAGUAGCUACACCGGCACUUACUGCUCUACUGCUGACCUACAUCAUUUGGGUGAAUGAUUCAAACAUGCCUAUGAUACUUGUUGUUUCAUACAUUAUCGUUUGCAUAUAUAGUUGCGCACGCGGUAUACUACUUGCAGCUAUAUGGAUGAACUUACAAUCACCGCCUCCUGGCGUAUACAAUACAGUAGCUUGGACAAAGUUUAUUCCACAUUUGUAGUCUCC